AUGGACUUCCAAAACGUGCAUCUCUUAAAUGAUCUAAUAAACAAACUCUCGGGCAAUUUGUUUCCGAUCACAAGCAAUUCGUCAUUCUCGAUUGGCUGGAAGAUAUACAGCGCUUGUGUGUGGCUUAUCUUUGGAUGUGCGAAGAUCUUGGAGUUCUGCGGCUUUAUCAUGGCGUCGAAAGAUACGCUUUUAAGUGAUGGAAUGAUCACCAUCACAUACAUCUUAGAAGUGUUAUUCUUACUCAUGCAACUUAAUGCGCGCAGAAGUUACAUUGUACGAUUUAUCCGAAUGAUGAACGAUAUCCUCCGCCUUCAGGACGAAACUAUGAAGCGCGUCAUGGCGAAAAACAUGAAGCUGAUGCGAUUUCCGAUCGAGAUGUUUUGCAUACUCGGUUUAGGGUCCGCGGUGGCGUGGCACCUCGUUCAAAUCGUGUCAGUUACGCGGAAAAAGAAUUCCUUCUGUUAUGAGGAUUUCAGGACGCCGGCUGCAUUCUCGCCGCAGCCAAUGUCGCUCAGAAAUUAUUUAUUGGGAAGUGUAUUUGUGUUGAUCUCCACCAUAUUUUCUAUUGGAAAGAAGAUCGGCGUAUACACUUACAUGAUGCAUCUAAUAAUGUUAAUGACGACGCAAUAUCAGUACCUCACGGUUAAACUCCAAAAAUUAUUUCAAGAGAAAAAACCGCAAGAUGACCACGGAUCGACAAGGGAAAGACACGGGCAAAAAACAAAUCAAUGGUCGGAGAAAGAAAUGAGAAAAUUGUGUCGGUAUCACACUAUUAUAAUCCAAAUGUCUGUUUUACUAAAAGAAAUUCUGUCGUCUAAUAUCGUUUUAAUGUAUCUAACUAAUGUCUUUCGAUUCUGUUUUCUCGGUGUUUUAAUGGCUUCAUCCAGGUCUUUAGUUGAGGAGAUUGUGGUUAUCAUGCACACACUUUGUUCGAUAAGCGAAUUUUUGAUGAUGUGCAUUUGCGUGCAAUUUUUAUUAGAUGCGAGUAAAGAAAUAACGGACAAAGCGUUUCACGAAGAUUGGUAUUGGUUCAAGCCGUCGGUGAAACGUUCAUUUCUAUUGCUGACAAUGGCCAACAAAUUAGAAUGUAAACUUACAAAGUUCACAAAUUACAAUUUGACAUUGCCUGCGUUCACAUUGGUAUUGAAUCAUGCAUAUUCAUUCACCAUUUUGUUUCUAAAAAUAAAAAAUGAAAAAUAA